AUGAGACCUCAAGGUAUUUAUAAAGAAUAUGUUAAACUUAGAGCUUUUUCUUUCUCCCUUGAUGAUUAUGCCAAGGAUUGGUUGUUCUAUUUGCCACCCGGAUCUAUCACCUCAUGGGCCAGUAUGAUAAGAGUAUUCUUGAGCAAAUACUUUCCUACCUCAAAAACUAUUGGCAUCCGGAGAGAAAUAAGUGGUAUUAAGCAAAGGGAUUCUAAAGAAUUAUAUGAAUAUUGGGAGAGAUUCAAGCGAUUAUGCACACGCUACUCUCAACAUGAUAUUUCGGACAAAUCAUUCAUUGAAUACUUCUACGGAGGUUUCUUACCUUCGGAAAGGAAAUUUAUUGAUGCAGCAUGUGGAGGAUCAAUUGAAGACAAAACACCUCAAGCCAUAAGAGACCUAAUUUCCACAAUGGCAGCAGCCUCAAAACAAUAUCGAGAUCAAAGACAACUGCCAAGGAGAGUAAACGAGGUAAGACAAGCUCAACAAAAUCAACAAGUAAGACCAUAUGGAAUUUAUGCCACCGUUGGACAUCCAAUUGACCUAUGUCCUUCUCUUCAAGAAGAGGACCAGCAAGUUAAUGCGGUUGGAGGGUUUAAUGGCCAACAAAGAUAUGAUCCCUACUCUAACACCUACAAUCCAGGUUGGAAGGAGUACCCGAACUUCAGUUAUGAUAGAAAAAAUCAAUAUCAAAAUUAUCAACAAAGAAAUUCAACCCAAGCAGCAUCUCAGAAAUCCAACAUGCCCCUUGAAGAGAUCAUUAAAUCUUUAGCAAACACGGUGCAAAAUCUUGAACAACAAAUCAAUCAAGUUGCCACCUCUGUGAACAAGCUAGAAUUGUAA